GCGGGGCGGCGGGCAAGAUGGCGUUCGGCGAGUGAUCUCCCCGGCUAUCUCCAUCUGCCUCUGAGACACCGAGUCCUGUCCCCGCUGCCGGCCUUCCUCCUCUCCCCCGCCCCCGGAGAUCCCUUUCUUUCCCUUCCUCCUUCUGUUUCGCGGGGGUGGGGUCGGUGGGAGGGAGGGGAGGCGGGCCUCGUUCCUGGGACACCAUGUCGGACUCUGAGGAGGAGAGCCUGGAACGGCAACUGAAAAUCGUCGUGCUGGGGGACGGCACCUCCGGGAAGACCUCCUUAGUUACCUGUUUUGCUCAAGAAACUUUUGGGAAACAGUACAAACAAACUAUGGGAUUGGAUUUCUUUUUGAGAAGAAUAACAUUGCCAGGAAGCUUGAAUGUUACUCUUCAAGUCUGGGACAUAGGAGGGCAGACAAUAGGAGGCAAGAUGUUGGAUAAAUAUAUCUAUGGAGCACAGGGAGUCCUCUUGGUAUAUGAUGUUACAAAUUAUCAAAGCUUUGAGAAUUUAGAAGAUUGGUAUUCUGUGGUGAAGAAAGUGAGUGAGGAGUCAGAAACUCAGCCCCUGGUUGCCUUGGUGGGCAAUAAAAUUGAUUUGGAACAUAUGAGAACAGUAAAACCUGAAAAACACUUGAAAUUUUGCCAGGAAAAUGGUUUUAGUAGCCACUUUGUCUCAGCAAAGACAGGAGACUCUGUCUUCCUGUGUUUUCAGAAAGUUGCUGCUGAAAUCCUUGGAAUCAAGUUAAACAAAGCAGAAAUAGAACAGUCACAGAGAGUGGUGAAGGCAGAUAUUGUAAACUACAACCAGGAACCCAUGUCAAGAACUGUUAACCCUACUAGAAGCUCUAUGUGUGCAGUUCAGUGAGCACGUUUUUCUUUUGUAUUGAUAGUUCUGACUGCCCUUCACCUCUGUGUGGGCCCCAAGGACCUCUAGGAACUUGUUUUAUCAGUGACCAUCUCUGUAGUUCAGUUAAACACUUUCUGCUCAACUCGCUUCAUCAUUGCGUGUUGCCUCAGCCACAGGCAGCUCCUUGGACUGGAAAGAAUUCAACUUCGGGACCACACACUUUGAAUUUAGCUUGGAAAGCCCAUUCUCUGGAAUCAGACUGCUCCAUCGAGAAAGAAUAAUGUUGGCUCUCUUAUGGCCUCACUUCUUUUGUCCGUAUGUAAAUUUUGUUUUUAAACAAAUAUGAAGACUAUCCGGGUCUUGAUCAUCAGCCAGGAUUUUGCUGCAGCACAGUUCCAUUCUCUUAUCUGAACUCAUACCUGGCAAAGUACGCUUCAGAGUGCAAACAUCUGAACGAGUCAUAUAUUUUAUCUACUGAUACUUAAGAAAGGAUUCUUUUGCUAUCUCUUGUGAGUGAAAAUAUAUAAAGCGGUAUCUAACUGAAAAUCUUGAAAUAAAGCUGUAAUAGAAAUAUUUUCUUCAUUUUUUUUUUAAGAAAGAGCCUAACUUGUUUAUAUUUUAGCUGUAGCUCACGAAGUAGUGAGUAUUUGAUAGUGUAUUUUUAUUAUUGUAUCAUGGUCAUUAUGUCUUGUGUAACACUCUGGUUAGAUGGUUUUGUGAUUCUGACGCUCCAUGCAGACUUGCUCCUACAGGCUGUGUGAGAGUCCUCCCAGAAUGAGCUGUGACUAUUGUUGGAUCAUUGUGGAUCAGACUGUACCUGACGGGCAGAUAUUUUUCUCUUGCAAAUAAAUUUAUUUAAAUUA